CAUAGCAUGCCGCUGUCUGAAGUCCGUGCUAAGGGAGGCUGCGAUUUAUCAAUACACGCAAUACUCUGUAGACGGCAUAAACUAGCGAACAACACGAACUUUCUAUGAACGACACACUAUGAAGAAAAGGAAGUUAUUGGGUUUACUGAUCUGUGGAGUGGCUUUAGUGUUGCUUCUCUCCCGAACCCAGACGAACACCCCGAGGGCAGUUCAAAUCGAACGAAAAAGGGCGCUCAAUCCGGAAGGUUUCUCUGGCGGAAAUAGAACCUCGACAAUUAUUUACCAGUUCUUUCUCUCGGAAAAUUUAUGUUAUUCUUCGGGUGCAUGCACAUACGGAUCUUACAAACUUCCGGAACAGCUUUCCAAACAUGCAAAUAAUGAAGUCCGCCAUAUCGGAUUUUUAAAAGUUCACAAAGCUGCGAGCACGACGAUGCAGAAUAUGUUCUUCCGGUUUGGAAUGGCUCGCAAUCUGAGCUUCGUAUUCACAUACCAUCCAAACUACUUUUCCAGAGAAGCAUCGAGGCAUUUGCCAGUGAUACGUCCAAGGUUUAGGAAUGGAUAUGACAUUCUAUGUAACCACGCGGUGUUCAAUAUCUCAACAUUUUCUCGUCUGCUUCCAUCAGACACUCGUUACAUUGCCAUCGUUAGAGACCCUUUAGAUCUAUUCAUUUCAAGUGUUAACUUUUACUCUCAGAAAUCGCAGUUAAUUCGAUAUAUUGGCGCCGUUCCGGGCAAUAAAGUGCAAAACCUUAUUCGAAAUCCCAGAUAUGACAGGGAGUUCUUUUCAUACACAAAGAACGCAAUGGCGAGAGACUUUGGGUUCCCUAAAUCUGAAGACGUUGAUAUAGUCAAGAACAAAUUAGGUGAAUUGAACAGUAUUUUUACUGUUGUUUUGAUUGUUGAACACUUUGAAGAAUCGCUUAUUUUGAUGAAACGUUAUUUGAGUUGGAAGGUACGUGACAUCAUUUUUAUCGCUAAUAACGUACGUACACAGAAUGGAUAUUCCAUUAAUGACCUCUCUCUGCUGGACGUUAACAUGUUUAGGAACCGCAAUAAACUCGACUACGUUGUCUAUAGAUUCUUCUUCGAGCGCUUUUGGCGACAAUUUGAAGCUGAAUCAAACGAUAUUCAUUUGGAAGUGCUCAAUUUUAAAAAGAUUUUGAAAGAAGUAUCGGCAUUUUGCAACUCAGGUAGUAUUAAAGAAAAUGUGAAUGAGCCCUUGCACAUGCUGGAGACUCGAUGGAAUGAACAAUUUAACAUCACGUAUGACGAUUGUGCUUUCAUGAUAACAGACGAACUAACAUUCAUAGAAAUUCUGAGGGCGAAACAAGGCAGCGAGCUACCACGGCGAUUCAGAGGUUGACAAUGAAGCACAUUGAAUGACUUAUUGAGCAAGCUCUUUCAGAUUUUUAACAGCAUAUAUUUAUACAUGUACACAUAUAUCAUGUCCAUUAUAUAAUUUAAUAUUUUUAUUUUUUGGUGCAAUAGAGAGUAAUUUCACGUUUUACGCAAAUGUCAAAAUAUAUUUUUAUAUAAAUAUAUUGUAGUUGCAUUUUAUACUUUAUUAACACACAUAUUUUUAA